CUGGGACAGAGAAACGAAAAUGGAGAAAGAUUUGCAAAUCUAUGUGCAUUCAACAAAUUGGUCAUAGGAGGCACAAUAUUUCCACACAAGCGUAUACACAAGGCUACAUGGAUCUCACCAGACCACACUACAGAGAACCAAAUAGAUCAUAUUUGCAUCAACAAAAAAUUCCGAAGGACAAUGGAAGAUGUGAGAACCAGGAGAGGAGCUGACGUAGCUUCAGAUCACCACCUAGUUGUAGCCAAUUUAAAACUGAAGCUAAAAAAGAACUGGACAAGUGGACAAACAGCACUACAAAGGUUCAAUACAGCCUUCCUUCGAGAUACUGGCAAACUCAAUGAAUUCAAGAUAGCUCUCAACAACAGGUUCCAAGCCUUACAGCAUCUACUUAAGGAAGAAGAAACUACUAUGGAGGACAACCGGAAAGGCAUCAAAGAAGCAUUAACUUCGACGUGUCAAGAGGUUCUGGGCCUCAACAAUGGAUCUCUAUAGAAACACUGUACAAGAUCAAAGAAGGAAGAAGAACAAAAAGAUAGCAAUUAACAACAGCCGGACACGAGCAAAGAAAUUCCGAGCUCAAGCUGAGUACAUAGAAGCAAACAAGCAAGUGAAGAAAAGCAUUAGAGCCGACAAGAAGAAAUACGUAGAAGAACUAGCAACAAUGGCGGAAAAAGCUGCUGGAGAAGGAAAUAUGAAACAGCUUUACGAUACAACGAAGGGACUAGCAAGGAAAUAUAGUAAACCAGAGAGGCCGGUCAAAGACAAAGAAGGUAGGACAUUCACUGGAAUUCAACAACAGCGGAACAAAUGGAUAGAGUACUUCGAGGAACUCCUGAAUAGGCCGGCUCCAAUGAAUCCAGUGCACAUCGAAGCAGCACACACAGAUCUUCCUAUAGAUGUCAACCCACCAACGACGGAAGAAAUCAGAAUGGCCAUCAGACAAAUCAAGAGCGCGAAAGCAGCAGGACCCGACAACAUACCAGCUGAGGCACUGAAGUCAGACAUCGAAGUAACUACAAACAUGCUUUACCUUAUAUUCAAAAAGAUUUGGGAGGAACAAGUGCCGAUGGACUGGAAAGAAGGGCACCUCGUCAAGAUUCCAAAGAAAGGAGAUCUGAGCAAAUGUGAAAACUACAGAGGCAUUACACUACUGUCAAUACCAGGGAAGGUCUUCAACAGAGUGUUGCUGAACCGGAUGAAAGAUGCAGUAGACGCCCAACUUCGAGAUCAACAAGCUGGAUUCCGUAAAGAUCGAUCGUGUACAGACCAAAUUGCAACACUACGGAUCAUCGUCGAACAAUCAGUUGAGUGGAACUCGUCACUAUACAUCAACUUCAUUGAUUAUGAAAAGGUGUUUGACAGUGUGGAUAGGAGGACAUUAUGGAAACUUCUUCGACACUACGGAGUUCCUGAGAAGACUGUCAAUAUUAUCCGGAACUGAUACGGCGGACUACAAUGCAAAGUCGUGCAUGGAGGACAGCUGACAGAUGCAUUCCAAGUAAAGACCGAAGUCAGCCAAGGCUGUCUACUCCCUCCCUUUUCCUUCUGGUGGUCGACUGGAUUAUGAGGACCUCGACAUCUGAAGGAAAACACGGAAUACAAUGGACAGCUCAAAAUCAAUUAGACGAUUUGGACUUCGCAAAUGACCUAGCCCUCCUAUUGCAUACACACGAACAGAUGCAGACAAAGACAGCCAGUGUAGCAGCAGUCUCUGCAUCAGUAGGCCUCAGUAUACACAAAAGGAAAACCAAGGUCCUCAAAUUCAAAGCGGAGAACAGCAAUCCAAUCACUAUUGAUGGCGAAACUCUGGAAGAUGUAGAGUCCUUCACAUACCUAGGAAGCAUCAUCGAUGAACAAGGAGGCUCAGAUGCAGACGUAAAGGCCAGGAUUGGCAAAGCAAGGGUCACAUUCCUACAAUUGAAGAACAUAUGGAACUCAAAACAACUUUCAACCAAUAUCAAAGUCACAAUCUUCAAUACGAAUGUCAAGGCAGUUCGACUGUACGGAGCUGAAACUUGGAGAACUACAACAACCACCAUCAAGACGGUACAAGCAUUAAUAAACAGCUGUCUACGCAAGAUACACAACAUCCAUUGGCCGGAUACCAUCAGCAGGACAGGUCUGGAUGGCGAAUGCUGGUGAGCGGCCUGUGCUACUUCACGAGGAGUCACAGGCGUAAGUAACGAGAAGAUCACGUAAAGCACAGAAUAAAGCCUCUUGUCCCAUUCUAUUUUAGUUUGGUAGUAUCACAGUAGCCAAUCACCUCCUAAAUAGUCAGUCAUUACUGAGGCGUAUUCCAACAUUCCAAAAAAGUUAGAAUCAUCCGUGAAAGGGCUGCUAUCCAACGUCGGACCUUCGAUGAAUUGCAAACCAAUGAACUCAGGAGAGGUAGUUACAACGUUGACCAUUGCACACAUCCUAAAACACCAUACACUACCCCUCCCAAAAACGGAGACACGUCGCAUACUGCUAUUGGUCCUAAAGAUAUCAGGCAGCUGCAACCAUUCAUCCUAAGCUCAAAACCUCGGCUACCCCGAAAUGCCAAUCCACUUAUGCCACAAUAGUGCCCCAGCAUUAACCUUGCGGCUCCGAUGAAAUGCCAAAAAAUACUUCUCUCAGGGACUGCUUUACUAGCUGCAACCGCUCAGGCACCACAAUACGAAGUAAUACUGAAUCCUCAGUAGAAACCCACAAGUACUCCAGCACCUUUAACACA